AUGGCCGAAUCCAGAGAGCAGCUGCCCCAGGAGGUGCUGGCCCUCAUCUUCCGCUACCUGCCCCUGCGGGACCGCGCCGCCGCCGCUGGGGUCUGCCGGGCCUGGGCCGCCGCCGCCACCUGCAGCACCGUGUGGCGUGACACGAACGUCAGCUGUGACAGUGAGUGGGAAGGGAUGCUACCGCCGUAUCUGUCCGCCUGCCUGGACCACAUUCACAACCUGAGUCUGGAAUUUGAGCCAUGGAGGAAGCCGAGCCGCUGGGCGGCCACAAAGCUGUUGACAGCGCUGGCGGGCCGUGCCCAGGGGUUGCGAGGCCUGCGCCUGGAGUGUCGCGGAGAGAAGCCUCUUUUCGAUGCGGGCAGCGACGUCCUGGACGCUGUGCACGCGGUCUGCCGGGCGGCCCCCGCGCUGCGCCACUUGGACCUGCGGCGCUUGCCCUUCACACUGGACGACGCUCUGGUGCUGCAGACGGCACGCGGCUGCCCCGAGCUCCGCAGCCUCUUCCUGGACAACUGCACUCUCGUGGGCAGCGUGGGGCCAGAUUCCGUGCUUGAGCUGCUGGCGGCCUGCCGGAGUUUGCGCAUCCUUGGCCUGCAUCUCGCCAGCCUGUCGCGCGCCGCCCUCGAGGCGCUAGCCGCGCCUGACCGCGCGCCUUUCGUGCUCUUGGCCCUGCGGUGCGCGUGUCCCGAAGACGCGCGCGCGCCCGCCCUGCCCGACGAGGCCUGGGCUGCGCUGCGCCGCCGCCACCCGGGGCUGGGCGUGGAGUUGGAGCUAGAGCCGGCGCUGUCUGCCGACACCGUGAGGCGCAUCCUCCAGCCUUCGGUGCCCGUGGCUGCGCUGCGCCUCAACCUCUCCGGCGACACCAUAGGCCCCAUGCACUUCGCAGCGCACCACUACGCCGCAAGCUUGCGCACGCUCGAAGUGCGUGCUGCCGCCUCCGCUGAGCUGGACCAAGCUCUGGAGAAACUGGCGGCGCGCUGCGCAGGCUUGCGUGAGGUACAUUGCUUCUGCGUGGUGCGGCCUGCAGUGCUGGGCGCCUUCCUAGCGCACUGCCCGCGCCUGCGCAGCUACACGCUCAAACUAACGCGCGAGCCGCAUCCCUGGAGGCCCACGUUAGUGGCGUGA